GAAAUGAUAGGUCAAAUGGGCCGCAGCAGCAAAGUUCUGAAAAUGGCGAGAUCUUUCCACUUUGCCUGCUCCUGAGUUAAAAAAGGGUUCCCGCCGAUUUCCAUGGCUGUUCGCUCCGUCUUCCUCACUCUUGCACGGAAUGUGCGAAGGGAUAGCAAUAUCCCUUUCAGAGGGAUUUCGUCCAGCGUCGAGGCUAUGAAAAGUGAAUCCAGUGCAAUAGCAAAUGAUGGAGAUGUCGAUGGACUUGUGCGGGAAGAAAACGACGAUUUAAGGAGCAAAAUUUUGAGGCUCAGGCUUCCCAAGAGAAGUGCCACCAACGUUUUACAGAAUUGGGUCGACGACGGCAACCGAAUUGCUAUUUCUGAACUCCGAAGCAUCUGUAAUGAACUUCGCAAAUCAAACAGCUUCAAGCACGCUCUCGAGAUAUCCGAGUGGAUGGUUAGUCACGAAGAGUACAAGUUAACUGAGACUGACUAUGCUAUCCGCAUCGAUCUAAUGACCAAAGUAUUCGGAGUCAAUGCAGCAGAGCGCUACUUCGAAGGACUGCCUUCCUCAGCAAAAACCCGCGAAACAUACACUGCUCUACUUCACUGCUAUGCCCGUCUGAAGCUGACCGAGCAAGCCGAGGACCUCUUCGAGCAAAUCAAGUGCGCAAACCUUCCUCUAACCGCCAUCACUUACAACGAGCUAAUGACAUUCUACAUUUCAGUCGGGCAGCUGGAGAAGGUACCACCAAUCAUCGAAGAAAUGAAGCGCCAGAACGUCGCCCUGGACUUGUUCACAUAUAAUCUAUGGCUAACUUCCCAUGCUGCAGCCCUGAGUAUUGACGACGUAAAAAAGAUUCUCCGCGAGAUGAACCUGGACACGAACCUUGACCACACUUGGACUCGAUAUCUGCAACUUGCUGAGAUAUACCUGUCUUCCAGUCGCUUAAUGAAUUCAGAUCCCAGCUCUGUAAUGGAAAACAACAAGGCUAUAAUGCAGAGGCAGCUGAUAUCUUACGACUUCCUUUUUGUUCUGUACGGUGGCCUUGGGGACAAGUCACAGAUCGACAAAAUCUGGAAAAGUACGAGGAUGAUGACUGGCCAAAAUGUAUCGGGGAGAAACUACGUCUGUGUGAUUUCUUCGUACCUUAUGCUCGGGCAUUUGGAGGAGGUGGCGAGAAUAGUUGAUGAAUGGAAGCAAUCGGCGGCGUCGGAGUUCAAUCUGUCGAUGUGUAGAAGGCUCCUGGAAGCAUACGAGGAAGCUGGAAUGGCUGAUAAGGCAACAAGUUUCCACGUGAUCCUGAAGAAAAAGGGUUAUGAACCUUUGCUGGUAUGACCUUCUGGAUUUGCUUUAUUUGAACUUUCUGUUUGUUAGAGUUCAGAAUCAUGUUUUGCAGAAAUUCAGGAAGAAGGUAUAAUUAUACUUGUUGUAUUAAAUAAAUUCUAAGUUAUGGUACCAAUGUUUUUAGCCAUAAUCAAGUGGUCAUUUUUUAAA